UUGGAGGAACUGUUUAUUAAAUGGCUGGGGGCGUUGAAAGGUUUUGACAAUUAUGUGCGAGCCUUGUAUUGUGUGCAUUGUGUAGCAAGUUUGUCCAGUAAACGGUGUAAAACAACUUUCUUAAAUGUUCACAUACAAUUUGACAUUGCAGCAUACGUGAGCAUAAUAAGAAAAAUAACUUACAGAAACAAACACAUGAAUCAUCAAAUAUAAUGAAAAACUGUUGCAAGAGACAUGAACAUGUCAGAGGAAGAACAUGUGGAAAAAACUUUUGUAUAUAAGUUUCCAACAUGUACAACAAAUCAGGAAUACGUGUUGGAGAUACCAUUAAAAAUACCAUACUAUGGCUCGAUAAAAGAACUCAUGCACCGUAUUGUUUCAUCAUUUAAGUUACCAUGUUAUGUGGAACCGAACUUACUGCAAUCUUUGGAGAACGCUAUUAAAGAGCUAACAUUACAAUUUUAUGAUGAAAAAGCAGAGAAUACCUUAGAGAAUGCGAUAUCAGGAACCACGGACAUUGAAGAGAUUAUAAAAAAUUGGGAGAAAACGUAUAAACAAAAGACAGUUGAUUAUGCAGAUCCAAUUGGAACAACCGAUGAGGAGUUAUUUGCAGCUGCGUACCAUAGAUUGGUACAUUCUCCAUCAUUGGAACCCAUUUUGCAAGCAGAGCACAAAUUUGGAAGGGAUGUAACAGAAGUCAUUCAAAUGAGAGACACACAUUAUGAGCAACUCACUCAAAAUCAAACAGAAGAAAUGCGCAAAGCUGUAGAAGCCCUGGAGGCUGGUUCUACCGAAAAAUCGAUAAACGAGAUGGCUGGACGACACUUUGAAGAACAAAGCUUAUUGCAAGGGCACUGGGGAUCUAGGGUUGACGCGUUAAAAUUAGAACAGAGACGUCAAUAUCGGAAUUGGAUUAUGCGGCUGUUAGAAGAGCAGCAGACUAAUAUGUUACCAACUCCAAUGGGUUCUCCAAUGGUGUCGACGCCGCCUAUUCGACCCGCCUUAGACAAUUUUGUUCACAUCGAGGAUAAGACGAGCGCGGACUAUCCCGUUUUGGAAGAGAGUUUCACCAUACACUUGGGCUCGCAAAUGAAACAAAUGCACAAUAUACGUAUACUAACGGGAGAUGUAUUAGAUUUUUGUAGGAUAAAGAAAAGCGAGACCGGAAUGGAUCCAACGCCGCAGAGGCUGCAGACAGCUUUAGGAUUAUACUCCAGUGAUUUGUGCGGAUUAGUACUGUUGAGCGACAAUCACUUGGGAAGUUAUUCUGGAAUCACAAAGGAAUUGUGCGCUAUAUGCCAAUUGACAACGGAGUUUCACUUUCCACCGAUCGACGAGCAAUUGGAGAAAAUAAGGGACGACGUUAAGGACGCUGUUGCCUGGAGACAAGCGCAUCACAAAGAAGGGAUCGAAACGCAGACGAAGAAAUCGACGACGAGUAAAAGUUUGCAGACAGGAGACGUUUACAUUACAAGGCACUCGAACUUGGCGCAAGUGCAUGUGAUUUUUCAUAUGGUAGUGAACGAUACUUUGAGAUCCGGCGAUAUCAAUUCGAGACACCCGGCGAUUCUGGGAUUGCGAAACAUUUUGAAAACUGCGUGCUGCAAUGACGUCACCACGCUCACUAUUCCUGUGCUUCUUGUUCAUGAAAUGACAGAGGAAAUGACUGUGGCAUGGUGCACGAAACGAGCAGAAUUGGUUUUCAAAUGCGUGAAAGGGUUCAUGAUAGAAAUGGCGUCGUGGGGUGGUGCCGAAUUGAAAAAUCUGCAAUUCCUUGUCCCAAAGGGGAUGUCCGAAGAAGUAUUUGGCACGCUAGCCACGAUGCUACCCAGCAUAUUUCGUGUAUCGAAUCCGCUGGUGUUCAAAGCGACCAGCACACCGCAAACUCCAAAAAAGUGAACGGCUGUCUUGCCACUGUUGUCGUAUAACGAUAAAAAUAAUAAAAUAUUUGUUACUGUUUAUCGGUCAUUGUGGCCACGAUCAUUACGGCUGUAAAUUAAGACAAGAUGCCGCGAAUAAACGCCCGAUGCUCUGAAUGAAUUUCUUGUUUAUAUUACUUUUACAAGAGCAUCAUUCCUUGAACGAUAAUUGCGUCACCCGCUACAAUUGUUCACGCUAUUAGAAACUAUAGAAAAAUUCAUACAUGUUAUACCGAAUGAAAAACUGAUUGAGCAAUGAUUUUGUCAUUUUCUUUUCUUUUCAAUAAACCGUACGAAAAACCUGAA